AUGCUUGUUGGUAAAUUUCAUAUAGGGGGUGGUAUACUACUUAUAAUAGUGAUAUUGAUACUUUUCCAUUUAAGAGAAAGGUGGUUACCAAAACUGAGAGUAUGGUUGGGUAAAAGAAGAAUCAGGUUAGACGGAUAUAGUCAUCUCCCUUCAUUUCAAAGGGACAUAGAGAGUGGAUUGACCUCUUCAAAUUUUGAUCUAGUCAUGAACAACAGUGGUGAUACAAGAAAAGGAUUAGAUGAAAAUGCCAAAAGUAAAAUCUUAAAGAUAAUGGAAGAUAACCCAGGACUUUCGUUCGAUGAAGCCAGAUUGAAGUACACUCGUGAAGAACUCUCUAAAAAUCAAAUCGGUCCAGAUGGUAUACCGCUUGAUCCUAGAACAGUUACGUUUGGGAAAUAA